AUGUGGAAAGACAUCUCGACCUCUACGACUUCACUACUUCUGAUGGCAUUGAUUGCAGGAAAUCAGGCCUGUCAAGAAAUCGAUGUCAUGUCCCAUCAUUCGAAGAUCUGCAACGGAAACGACUGCGAAGUUCAACUAGAAGAAGUUUUCCAUUUGAAUCCAUUCAAACGAGAAGCUUGUCUUCAAAUAACUCACGACAACACGACCCUGAGAGAAGUCAGAGCAGAAUGGCUGAAUUUGACGCUAGAGUGCUCCAAAGAAGUACUCACAUUCACGAGAGAAGCCGAAUACAACGUUCUGAGUGUGAAAAGGUGUCCCAGAAUGGGCUCUUGUUCUGGAGAAAAAUGCAGCAACAUAACCAGACAAUCAUUGAUUCCAGAACUUGCACAAGUCAACAACUUCACUGGAAUAACUGGAUGCUCCGAAUCAUGCGGAGGACCAGGUUGCGACUGUUUUUUUAUCUCAGUUCCGGAUGCCUUUUCUACAGGAUCUACAUGAAACCAGUCAACAAUAAAAUUCACACUCUGUUCCGCUGCUCAGAGUGGAAAGAAAAACUCUUCGUGAAAUGGACAACGACAGAAAUCAACUCCUACAAGCCAGCGUCCACAUCAACAGUACUAGUACUUCGUCCAAACAUUGAAGUACUUACUCGCCAUGCCAAAAUAACUCUCAGUUCCCUGCAUACUCCAAACGUGCCCUUCACGAACUCCUGGUUCAUACAAACCGAUCAAAGCAUCGCGACUUGGCCGCAGGAGAAAUGGCCCGACCUCAGGUGCAGAGACUGGCUAGCCGCAGAAAAACAUGAACUGCACACUCAUUGAAAAAUUGCAGAUGUUCACCUGCAGAGACAAUCAUGCGUUGCACUUGCAAAAAUCUCAACAUUUCAGCCCAUAUGAGCUCAUUUGGAAACCAACUUCCAAUCAACACUCCGAGCUGGACAAUGAAGUCAGCGAAGAAAGGACCGAAACUGUACUUCGACUCAGCAACCACAACCGAAAUCACAUUAAGAACGACGGAAAAAAUCGACGUCACGAUCAUCAGACAUGAAGACAACUGUCAGAUUGAAACCACUCACGUUUCGGGAUGUUAUGGAUGCAAAAAAGGAGCAGAAACAAUGGUCACCUGUUUCUCAGAAACCAAGCAACUAAUGGGCGAAAUCAAAUGCUCGGAAACGGCAUUUACGGUUCCCUGUUCAAAAACAGGCUCAACAACACAGAUUCGAUUCUACGUCGAUCAAGCUCAUUUCCAAGAAAACUGCACAAUUCAAUGUGGAGGAAAAAACAUCAAUCAGUUUGAAGUAAUUGGUGUCCUAAAGUUCACAGGAUCUCCUCUUCAGACAGUCCAAGCGCUUUUAAAAGGAGAAAAGAUCAAUCUCAACGAAAUCACAUGGCCAGACUUCAGGCAUAUCAUGGAAGUUUAUCAGACGUGGAUUAAAACUACGAUGGUCACACUCAUUGCCAUUCUAGCAGCCCUGGCGAUUUCAUACAUCUUUAUCAUACCACUUCUUCCAGGACUAGUGAGGAAAAUGGCUAAAACUGGCUUUCUUGGGUUCCAGAUCAUCCUAUGGAGUCUAAAAAUUAUAGUCAACGUCACUCUAGUCAAACCAGCAACCAUCAUGUGUCAUUUUUUUGGGUGGCGCCGAAGACAUUCCGGACACGAAAAAAUGCCACGUCAUAUGGUCUAAAAAUUCACUCCAAAGCGCCUUCUACACAUAUUUGUCAACAAUUUCUUCACUUCAUUCAUUCGAGAUCCAUAAACUCCAUCAUACCAACAAUCAAAACAGUCACCCAACCACAAAAAUCAACGCAACCUCAACAAGCAUUCAAUCCGAGGCGGGAACCGUCGGACGACGACCACUCAUAAAACUCAGAGAACAACGCUAAGGAAAGCGGAAAAGCAAUUUUUUGUGUUCAUUUUUUUUCCUCAUUUUAUUCAUUUAUUUUUCUCAAUUAUUUGUCUCUUUUCCGUUCAUACUUUUUCACUCAUAUUUUUCAUUUUAAAAAUUCAAUUCUAACUUCAUUCCUCAUCCAUCCUAAUUCAUCUCAACUCUCAGGCGGGGAGUGUCGACACCGACUCAAAGGUAGAUGCCUCCCCGCCACUCAGAGGAUGACGUGGCUGGCUCGCCAGGGGAAAGGCCCAUUAGGAGCCAUUCCAUUACCUGUCUAG